CGAAGAGGUCCAGAGCGAGACCUUACCACGGCUUUAGAAGAGGCUUCCGAUCAAGGGGGCUUCACAUUUAAGAAAUAUGAUAAUUAUACAUAAACUUGAUAUAUGCGAUACUAUUGAUACUUUAAGUCGUCUUGUCUGCUGCUAAUAUGUUCACUCCAAGAAUUUGCGCACGGAUUUCCAGCAGGAAGCGGUGUACGCUUUGAUUGACACAUGCGUAUGACAGGUGGUAGGACUAUCUUACAGCUGACGGCUUCCCUUGCUUAACCAACCCCUCCACCAUUAGCUCCCUUUAUCUCAACCAGUACAUUGCUUUUAUACUAAUCCUACAGGUACACUACAUGUAUUCAUAGCCUUUGAACGUUACCGACCAAUUAUAGCGGCCCCCAAAGCAUACCACGUCAGCUUUGUAGUGAUUUAUUUCAGUCAUUCCGGCCAAUCAAUAUUACUGUGUAACCGCUAAUCGUACCAUGAACAGAAGUAAUCACAGAUUUAUAAGCAAGAUGAAAAAUAAUAAGCAAAGACAAAAAAGAGCCACCAAAUCCAAUCCCAACCCGUUCUAAGUUCCUCAAUCAAAUUUCCGCAGAAUGCCCGCAACCCACCGUCAGAAAGCAUGUAUUGCCUGCGCAGACUCAAAACGAAGAUGCGAUAAGCAACUUCCUGAGUGCCAGCGAUGUCUGGACAGAGACAUGUAUUGUGUUUAUCCGCAGCCUAAGCGACGACGUAGAGAUCCGCCAGUGUCUGAUGGCCAGGUUGGAGAUCUUCCUAACCUUCAGAAUUAUGCUGGCGUCGAUGCUUUGGGUAGCGAAUUGGAUCUUGGGGACUGGGGUGUCAUAGGAGCUGGUGAUCUCGAUGUUUCUCUGUCAGAUAUGGUGGUUCCAUAUAUGCCAAUAGCGCCAUCUUCUACCACCAACACAUCGUCGACUCAGGGCGUUACACCCGAAAGUGUCAACUUGCCAAACCCAUCAUGUCCUUGGUUUCUCCGAGAUGAGACAUGGAUCAUGCAACAGAACCUCAAGGACACAGGAUCUGUUACAUCCGUCGCACUGGAACCUUUUAUCCAAGCUGUGGAAGAAAUGCUGCAAAGCUGGGUCAAGGAUGGUCAUAAUAGCUUUAUUCACCGGCGUUUGUACGAAGAUGGCAUGCCUACAUGUCUUCAAGAUGCAUUUACCACACUUUCCGCAUACAUCAACCGCACUCCCGCGGUAAAAGGAACAAUCCUUCAAAUCGCCGAAGAACGUUCCCUCGCGCUCGCAUCCCAAACUCCACCUACAGUCACCGGCACCAAAGGAAUCCGCGCGCAUCUAGCGCGCACGCAAGCCCUAUUCAUCUACGAAUUCAUCCGACUCUUCGACGGCUCCGUGCGCAUGCGCGCCUCCGCCGAGCGUCAACUUCCCAUCCUCCGACGCUUCCUAACACAAAUGUGGGACGCCGCGAAGCGUUUCUCCGAAAGCGAUGCUAUUCUCCCCCAACGCCCGUUCCAAUGGGGUAUCAGUGAACUAGAUCGCGAAUACGACUCCGUGAGCGAGUUAUGGCAUCUUUGGAUCUUGAGUGAGAGUGUGCGACGCACGCAUCUGGUUGUUGAUACGGUGUUUAAUAUAUACCAGAUCAUGACGCGUGGGUGGACGGAUUGUCCUGGUGCUGCUAUGUUUACGGCACGGAGGGGGCUUUGGGAGACGGAGUCGGCGGUGAGGUGGGGGGAGUUGUGUUAUGCGAAUAGUACGCCGUUGCUGGUUGCUGCGCUUCAACCUGAGGUGCUUAUGGCGCAGCAUUCAGCGGGGGAGUUUGAUGAUUUUGCUACUAUGUAUUGGUCUUAUGUCGUUGGGCCGGAUAAGAUGAGGUGUUGGAUUGAUAAGGGGAGUACGAUGGAGAAGACGGUGGGUUGAUGAUGGAUGACUGCUGGGCGGUCGCGUGAAUGAUUUAUGCUAUUUACUUUCGUUUAUGUUUGAUUCACAAUUCCCCAAUAUGCGCAGCUGGGAUUGAAGCAUGGUUGAAGGUAGAAACUUCGAGGAAUUUUCCAUCUAUGUUGAAUAUUAUCGCGAGUUGGGCGUGGUGUUUGUUUCGAGGGCUUAAAAAUCUUAUGGUUCAGAAAUGGCGUUAGAAAGGCAUGGUCAACGUUGGACUUUGGGUAUAGCGGAGGUG